AUGUCUUCCUCAUCUUCUCCCACCCCCGUACUCAAGUUCAGAGAGCUCUCUCUAGGAAGAAGGAUGCCUCCCACAACCAGAUCCCAGGCGCACCGGCAAUCCCUCGGCCACAUAUCCACUGCCGAUUACGACGAAAACGACGAUGGCGGCUCCAGCUCCGAGCCGGAGACCGAUUCCGACUCUUCUCUCGUCGACGACGACGACCAGUCCGUCAUCCGGUCCCCCUCCAAGCUCGUCUACAAGGUCGACAAGCUCUCCGCCGAUGCCCGCCUGCGCGUUCGAGAGGCCUUCAAGGACCCGCCCCGCCUCUCGCUGCAGUACUGCCGCCUCAGAGACGACGUCUACGCCUUCCAGAUGACGGAGCUCGUACCCCGGUCCAUCCGCAUCGGAUCGCCCGACAGCCCCUUCGCGACGCCCAAGUGCUCGUGCCGAGAACAGCAGCAAAAAGGCGGCCCACCCUGCAAACACCUCCUCUGGCUCCUGGACCAGCUCGUCAAACAGACGCUCUACGAUCACGACCCGACGUCCCCCCUGACCAUGACCCCGGACGGUUACCCAGAGGAGAUUGGCGACCCCUUCACCGGCAUAUCAACCUUUCACCUGGACGUCCUGGCCGACGGCCUCCGCUGCGACGUCGUGACCCCAGACUCGGAAGAGGACUCUGAAAUCGCUGGCUCGGACGAGGCGGAGGAGCACCUGAACUCCCACCGUGUCCACGAAGCCCGCGAGAUGCUCUCCGCAGUCAUGUCCUCGUCCCCGGACGACUACCGCCCAGACCUCUUCUCCGACCCGCCGUCUACGGGCAAGAAGCCCGUGAAGCGCCGCGACCUAGAGGGCACAGUCUUCCGCAUGCUACUCGCCAACAACGACUUCUUCCACUACUUCCUCUCCCAGAUGCGCUCUACAGACCCCGUAAACGACCCCUUUCGCAAGCUCUCCCAGCGCGUCGACCGCGUUCUCCACGAGCUUGACUCCUACGCCGCCUCCACAUCUCCCCCCUUGGGAGAAGCCUCAGCAGAGGGCCCUCGCGACGUGGCCUGGGCCGCACGACAUAUCACCGGCGUCGUAGGCCUCGUUCGCACCUCAAUCUUCAAGCGCGACCGCCCCCUGGAACCCUGGGAGCGCACAAGCGCCGCCCGCACUCUAGUCCACGUCCUCGCCGCCGUUGUAGAGCGCAACCACGACUUCGUUCCCCAGACGUCGACGAUAAGGCCAGCCGCAAUCUCCCGCCGGGACAAGAAUCUCUACCUCCGUCUUGUGGGGGACCGCGACGAAGACUUCGUCCUCGGCGUGUUGAACCUCCUCCCGCCUGACGCGGCUGCCCAGUUCCUCCACAGCCUCGAGGAUAUUCUGGACCAAAUGGGCAUCAACGGCGCGCCGGCCACGUAUGUCGAAAAGUUCCGCUCCCUCAUGGCUCGAUUAAGGAGGUCCGGCGGCGGCUUAGGUGCCGCAAGUUCGUCCGGGGCAGGAUCAAAACGCCAUGGGCAGAGUCAGGGGCAUGAUCGGGGAUCCAAAAGGAUGAGGUGA